CCUGACGUUUCCGAAGCUGCGGCAGGCUCGGUUCUCCUCCAAAAUACCACGCAGGAAGAGUUUACCAAAUUCUUUCCUGCUGCCCCGAUUAAAGUUGGGCCCCUUUUUACUGUUGGAAAAGAAAGAUCAUCUGCCUUAAUCUGCCUGUGCGAUAGUACUUUUGUUAGGUAACAGCUGAAAGCCUCACAAGCCCGGUCCUCAUCAUGGGUAUCUUGGAGAAAAUCUCGGACAUCGAGAAAGAGAUUGCGAAAACACAGAAAAACAAAGCUACCGAGUACCACCUGGGAUUGCUGAAGGCGAAGCUCGCCAAGUACCGGUCGCAGCUGCUCGAGCCGUCGAAGAAGGGCGAGAAGGGCGACGGGUUCGAUGUGCUCAAGUCGGGCGACGCACGCAUCGCCCUGAUCGGCUUCCCGUCCGUCGGCAAGUCGACGCUGCUGUCCACGCUGACCAAGACGGAGAGCGAGGCGGCCAACUACGAGUUCACCACGCUCACCUGCAUCCCGGGCGUGAUCGAGUACAAGGGCGCCAACAUACAGCUGCUCGAUCUGCCCGGCAUCAUCGAGGGGGCGGCCCAGGGCAAGGGUCGCGGCCGGCAGGUGAUAGCGGUCGCGCGCACCGCCGAUCUGGUGCUGAUGAUGCUGGACGCGACCAAGCCGAACGUGCACCGGGAUCUGCUCGAGUACGAGCUGGAGUCGGUCGGGUUGCGGCUGAACAAGCGCAAGCCCAACAUCUACUUCAAGAUCAAGAAGGGGGGCGGGGUCAGCUUUAACGCGACCUGCCCGCUGACCCGGUGCAACGAAAAGAUGGUACAGACGAUACUGCACUCGUUCAAGAUUUUCAACGCGGAGGUCCUGUUCCGGGAGGACUGCACGGAGGACGAGUUCAUCGACGUGGUCACCGGCAACCGGAUCUAUCUGCCGUGCAUCUACGUGUACAACAAGAUCGAUCAGAUCUCGAUCGAGGAGGUGGACCGGCUGGCCCGCCAGCCGUUCUCGGUGGUGGUGAGCUGCAACAUGCACCUCAACCUGGACUACCUGCUGGAGGUGCUGUGGGAGCACCUGCAGCUGAUCCGCGUGUACACGAAGAAACCGGGCGCACCGCCCGACUUUGACGAUGGUCUGAUUCUGCGAAGGGGUGUCUCGGUGGAGCACGUGUGUCACGCCAUUCAUCGUACGCUGGCGGCACAGUUCAAGUACGCGCUGGUGUGGGGCACGUCGACGAAGUAUUCGCCCCAGCGGGUUGGCAUUUCGCACAUCAUGAGCGACGAGGACGUUAUUCAGGUCGUCAAAAAGUAACCACCCUAUCUGCCACCCGGUAAGAGCCCCUUCCUGCGUCCCCAUUUCCAGUGCCGUUGUAUAAACCCACUCUCUGUUCCGCCCCGCUCGAGCAUCGGGAUGAGUCGUCUUAGUCGUCUGCGAUCCUUCCGCGGAAAGGACGCGAAAAAGAAUGUGACUGAAACCAUUUUCCUUUCUCCAACGGGCAAAGUUCUCCUUUGCCUAAUCGUUACAAUAAAAACAGCUCUAAAACGUAAA